GUUCUUGUAUGUUCCCAAAUUCGUGCCGUCUUCUCUUCGAUUAACCCUAGCUACAACUAGUUUGUUAAUGCUGCAGAUGAUUGUGAUAGAUUGUGCGUAAAGUAAGUCGGCCUAGAGGAAUGUCGGUGAACAUUUUUGGGUUGUGAAGCACUCAUUCUCACAUUAAAUAUUUUCACGAGGGAAGCUUUCGUUUCUCGGUUAGUCUACUCGAUUGCUUCUUGUCAUUUUUCAAUUCUUCUGGAAUGAUAUCCUCAAGCUGUGAGUAAAGAAUCUUCUUCAUGUUCUCGUUCUGUCUCACAAUGGUGUCGAGAGAAAUCAAGUAAGUCAGACGGAAACCAGCGAUCAGCCAUUGGUAACCUUCACGUCGAGCGUGUACGAAAUCAGGGAUUGAAAGUUCCGGCUAAGGAGUUCCUUUCCGCGCAAGGCCAUUUCUGCGAGCAAGACAAGAUAAUAUUGGGCCCGGUAGAGAUAAAUAGACAAUUGGGCUACGCUUUUAAUAUGGGCUUUCUAUACCAAAAGAAAUAACAGAGGGGUGACAGUUCACUAGAAAUUUUGUGACCAAAUUUGAAAACUUUCGGUCCAGUCUCUCACUUACAGGCCAAAACCCUAGUCCACCUGCUCUUAUAAUCGCAGCCGAUACCGAUUAGCUCUCUCCUCUUUCCAUUAGGGUUUUGGUUUAUUGGCUCAGCAGUUCCUCCGCGGCGAACGCCUCUACCUCCACGUCUUGAGCUAGAACGAUCUGCAGCCAUGUCAAAGAGAAAGGUUAAGGAGCCCAAGGAAGAGGCUGCUCCGCUUGGUCCUAUUGUGCCUGAUGGAGUGAAUGUUUUUGGUGUUGCCCACAUCUUCGCAUCAUUCAAUGACACAUUCAUUCACGUUACUGAUCUUUCUGGAAGAGAAACCCUUGUCCGCAUCACUGGUGGAAUGAAAGUGAAAGCUGACAGAGACGAGUCUUCUCCUUAUGCUGCCAUGCUUGCUGCACAGGAUGUUUCACAGAGAUGCAAGGAACUUGGAAUCACAGCACUUCACAUUAAGCUGCGUGCUACUGGUGGAAACAAGACCAAAACACCUGGACCAGGUGCACAAUCUGCUCUCCGUGCCCUUGCUCGUUCUGGAAUGAAGAUUGGUCGCAUAGAGGAUGUGACUCCGAUCCCAACUGACAGCACUCGCCGAAAGGGUGGUAGAAGGGGAAGAAGGCUGUAAGCAUUUUGCGCCGUUCCAAGCAAGAUCAGGCUCUCCCUAUUUGCAUUAUGGUUGUCUUUUCAAACAGCGAUUUCAGUACUUAAGUUGUCUUUUUGAGUUUUGCCUAUGGCUUUUUGGUGACAAUGGGGACGAAUAGUUUACAUAACAAUAUCAGUUGAGCCGUCGCCUUUUUCAUUCCAUCAUCAGUGAGUUUGAUUUUGCACCUUUAUUAGUGUCAAAAUUGAUCUAAAGCUAAGCAGACAGUCAUUGCUGUCAAGACUGUCGUCUUCUAAGAAUAUUAUGCUCUGUCGAAUCAUCAUAUCAACUGGCCUAGACUCGUUUUCGCCAUGCCAAAGGCUGUUGGGUUGGCUAUCCGUUUUGGUGUGGUCGUCGUCGUCACAGUUGAGUAUUCGGCCAAUCAUAAUUCGUAUACCUUAUCUCGCCCACACUAACAUACACGUUUUUCUAUUUGAAAGAAUGAUCUAUUCAAUGUGAGGCGGAAAAAUGGAUUCAAUCUUGAUGUGUGGUUUCCUACUUCGAAUUGGGUCCCAAGCCACAAAUUCAUGACAAAAAAAAAAAAAAAGUUGCAGAAGGCUUCUGUCCUGGGAUGCCUCAAUACAAGUCUAACACUUGCUGUCCGAACAACUAUAAAAUUUAUACGAUGAGUCUCGGUAAUUAGUUAGUUUUUCAACGAUCAAUGUUAGUGUUUAUGUGAUAAAAUAUCAAGCUUAUUUAUAAACAAAGAAUUUUGUAACCGACUUGGAGUUUGGUAGGUGGACUUCAAACUUAUUGUUUAAGUUCGGACUUACACGUUAUAGUGUCUCUUUGUUGUGGGUUGGGUCGGAUUGUAUAUUCGUGUCCAAUAUCUUCAUAGAGGGAUUGGUUUUCUUGGAAGAAACCAUUUAUUAAUGAAUAAUGACAUUUAUAGCUAGUUUUAUAAUCGUUUUCGAAACCUCGAAGGGGGUUGCGAUGCGAGCACUAUAGACAGAAUAAGCAUAAUUCCGGUCUUUUGGUUUUCUCGAUUUUUCUUUUGUUUUUUUUACUUGUUAGAUUUAGCAAUACUGCUGUUUUAUUCUUGUACCUGUACUUCUUUAGUAAAGUAGUGACGUUCCCCUUUCUCAUCUUGAAGAGACAUGCCAGGAUAAAAAAAUGGUCAAAACCCCUCAAUAUGGAGAAGCAAGUCUGCUGACGAGGGAAACAUACAUUUCUUCGUUUUAUCUUCUUCUUCUUGUAAAACAAACACAAAACUGUGAGCGUUGGUUGUUGCCGACUUUCAGUUGUGUUCCUGGGUGCCAACCUGUGGUUGGCCGCUACCCUUUUCCUCGGCUCUAGUUUUGACUCUGAAGAAACAGAUUGGUUUGGUUUAGGGGCUGAAAAAACGGGCUGGGAGUGUUUGUGGAGCUCUUGAACCGCGUUCAGACUCUGCUCAGGGGCGGUCCCAUAAGAUCUUGCAAGAAAGGUUCUCCGGGGAAUUCUGGGACCUACUCCGAUUCCUAAGUUAGUGAGAGAAAUGAGAGAAUCGUAAGAGAGAGAGUAGUAGUUGAAAGUUACCAUAAAUGUUAUCUAUCAGGAGAUAUUUAUACUUGUUUUGAUUGAGGUGAGGCCAUUUAAUGACCUGUCGGUCUCUAUUAAAUGCGAAGUCAGAAU